ACAGGAGGGGGAGGUGCUGCAGACAGCUGGGGGUGGCAGAUUGGUCCCUCCAGCACCCCUAGGUUGAGGGUUAGUGAAGGGCUUUAACCUCUGCUGAGCUGCUGCCCCGUGUGUUUCCUGGCCAGACCCCUGGUGGGAAUGCUGCCCAGCGAUGCUGCCCUCAGGGAGAAGAUCAAGGAGGCCACCCGCAGGGACAUCUUGGCUGCGGAUCUGAAGUGCAGCCUCUUUGUCUCCGCUUUGCAGAGCUACAAGCGUGAUUCCGUCCUGAGACCCUUUCCAGGCCUCUAUGCUAACGAGGAGAGCAAGGAUUUUGAUGCAUUGCUUGCAGAUACAAAUGCUUUGCCAAGCUUAAAAGAACUUCCAGAAUCUAUUACAGACACAGAUAAAAGGACCUGGGAUCUGUUUAGCUGGAUUUUAUCAUCUAAAUUCUUAACUAUACAAAGUACUAAGAAAAAGGAGUAUGAGAAGAUCCAAGAGUUGACAGGAAUGUCAAGUGAUGCUGUUCCUGCUCCUGACUUCCUGUUUGAAAUAGUGUAUUGUGAUCAGAUGAAUGCCAAAUUUGAUGAAGCCAGGGGAGAAAGGAACCUUAUUUAUGCAUUCCAUGGGAGUCGCCUUGAGAACUUCCAUUCCAUACUGCACAAUGGAUUACAUUGCCAUUUAAAUAGGACAUCCUUGUUUGGCGAAGGUACCUACCUUACCAGUGAUCUAAGCCUUGCUCUUCUAUAUAGCCCUCAUGGCCUUGGGUGGCAACGCAGUGUUUUGGGCCCUGUCCUUAGUUGUGUAGCUGUUUGUGAGAUUAUCGAUCAUCCAGAUGUAAAAUGCCAGGUGAAGAAGAAAGAUUCAGAAGAAAUAGACAGGAAAAGAGCAAGAGUAAAAAACAGUGAAGGGGGCGACGUUCCACAGAAAUACUUCGUUGUCACAAACAAUCAGCUUUUGCGAGUUAAAUACUUAUUAGUAUAUUCACAGAAACAACACAGGAGGCCUUCGAGUCAGUCAUCUUGGUUUUCCAAUCAUCGUUUUGCUAUAAUGAUGAUGAUGUAUCUACUACUGCUAAUCGUUAUAGGUGCCAGCAACUCACCGGCCUUCCUCUACUACUGGAAUAGAAUGUUUGACUCAGAAGGAUGAACAGGCUGCUUUAUAUGCUGUUACGUUCACCAUGUGCCUUAAUGAUAGGAGAUCUACAACCUACUGCAUCUGUACCAGCGCUCUGGAAAUGGGGUCUUGAGCAUUUGGUUAUAUUCCAGUUGCAUUUCCUUCAUGGCCCACUUUCCGUUUUUUCUUGUUUAAGUUGUUUUGUUUCUUUGAGUAAUGAUAGGCUGAAAAGGGAGCUGCCAGUCUUGCACUAGGGACGCUGAAGUAGAAUGUGAACAGUUCUCUACAGACGUGUUUUAGUCAAUGGUCCAAGAAAAAGCUUUAUUUAAAAUUAAUGAAAACUUUAAUGUGGAAACUAUCGGGCCGUAGCUGCUGGCUUGAUGUGGGUUCCAUCAUACACAGGGUUUACAAUUUGGUUAAGUUUCUCUCCGCACCCCUGUAUCGGGGAUGUUUAUUCUCUGCCAGAUUAAAAAAAGCAAUAUUUAUUUAUAACGCUAUUGGAAGGGAGGAAUUCUCUUUACCUCACACAAAGGUAAACCUGCAGUAGGUUUUAUUGCCUUGACUUGAGAAACCCUGCGUGUCUUUACUGAAGUGCUGUUUCUCAUAUGAUAAAGCAGGAUCAUCUUAAUUACAAUUUUUGACGGGAUUAUAUUUGGGCACAGUGAUUGUAACAAAACAUUAUAAAUAAAACAGUAACCAAGUUGGAA